UCUCCCUGCCCCUGCUGCACCACCCUGUGGCGUCUCUCACUCUUUUCCUCUCCUUCUCUCUCUCCCCCCCCCUCCCUCCCCCUUUGGCAAUCCUCUUUUCUUCUCUUUGGUCGCUGUCCACCCCUCUCUUUGUCUCUCACUCACCCCUUUUUGCUUCGUCGUGGUGGUGGUGGAGGUGGGGGUGCUUGAGUAAUGGCAGACAUAAGCCACCCACCAAUGGAGCAGCUUCAAGACCUGGAGUACUGCAUAGACUCCAACCCCCCAUGGAUUGAAACUAUUUUGCUGGGUUUUCAAAACUACAUCCUCAUGCUUGGCACUACUGUGAUGAUUCCUUCGCUUUUGGUCCCUCUCAUGGGUGGAAGUGAUGGUGACAAGAUUUGGGUCAUACAAACGUCAUUGUUCGUGUCUGGCAUCAACACGCUUUUACAGUCACUAUUUGGUACUCGUUUGCCAGCUGUCAUGGGUGGUUCUUUUGCUUAUGUUAUACCAAUCCUUUAUAUAAUGCGUGACUCAUCAUUGCUACGAAUUCCUGAUCCACAUGAAAGAUUCCUACAAACCAUGCGAGCUAUCCAAGGAGCACUUAUCAUAGCAUCAAGUUUACAAGUAAUACUUGGCUACAGCCAGUUGUGGGGGAUCUUUUCAAGGUUCUUCAGUCCUCUUGGUAUGGCACCUGUAAUUGGAUUGGUUGGUUUGGGGCUGUUUCAACGAGGUUUUCCUGCAGUAGGAAACUGCGUGGAAAUUGGUAUACCGAUGCUUCUGUUGCUUGUUGGACUGUCACAGUAUUUGAAGCACUAUAGGCUAUUCCGGCAUAUUCCCAUCUUUGAGCGCUUUCCAGUUCUCAUAUGUGUCACAGUCAUUUGGAUAUAUUCUCUUAUUCUAACAGCAGGUGGUGCAUACAACCAUAGACCCAUCAAAACUCAAGACAGUUGCCGUACUGACAGAGCAAAUCUCAUAUCAUCUGCUCCUUGGUUCAAGUUUCCAUAUCCUUUACAGUGGGGGGCACCAACAUUUGAUGCUGGUCAUACAGUUGCCAUGAUGGCUGCUGUAUUAGUAUCAGUUGCAGAGUCAACUGGUGCAUACAAGGCUGCCUCACGCCUAGCUAUUGCCACUCCUCCUCCUGCUUAUGUUUUGAGCCGAGGCAUUGGCUGGCAGGGGAUAGGUGUACUGCUGGAUGGUUUAUUUGGAACAGGGACAGGCACUACUGUUUCUGUGGAGAACGUGGGACUUCUUGGACUGACUCGCGUUGGCAGCCGCAGAGUUGUUCAGAUAUCAGCUGGAUUCAUGAUAUUUUUUUCCACCUUAGGAAAGUUUGGAGCUGUCUUUGCGUCAAUUCCAUUCCCUAUAUUUGCUGCUCUGUAUUGUGUUCUUUUCGGCCUUGUUGCAUCUGUUGGGAUAUCAUUUCUUCAGUUCACCAAUAUGAAUUCUAUGAGAAACCUCAUCAUUACCGGGCUCUCGCUUUUCCUUGGGAUAUCUGUUCCCCAGUAUUUCAAUGACACUCUGCUUUCUUCUGGACAUGGCCCAGUGCAUACACGUGCAGGAUGGUUCAAUGAGUUCUUAAAUACUAUAUUUUUGUCACCGCCGACUGUGGGGUUGAUUGUCAGUGUAUUUUUGGACAACACAUUGGAUGUUGAUAAGUCUAAGAAGGAUAGAGGUAUGCCAUGGUGGGUAAAAUUCAGAACAUUCAAAGGGGACAAUCGGAAUGAGGAGUUCUAUACACUUCCAUUCAAUCUCAACAAGUUCUUUCCACCUACCUAGCAAGAGCUCAGCACUAUUGGAAAUUCCAAGGCACUUCAUCUUUGUGAUGUAAAGAUGAGCACCAGCAUAUUCGUCAUCAACUAAGGCAGCUUAUGAUCCUUGUUUUUUUGAGAGUCCCAAAGGUGGGGCCAAAUGUAUGUAUUGGAUGGCAUCAUGCUACACACUAUUGAUCCUGCUUAUGCCGCCAGCGUUUGUUGUACUUGUGGUAUAUGUAUUGUCAGAAGGAUGAAAUUGUAGGUCUUGAUGUAAUAAGAUCGGAUGAUAACACCGUUACAUAUUUAAAAUUCUUUCUUGUCGCUUUCUUUUA